AUGAAUGCCACGUUCCGAAAGGCAGCACCCAGACGAACUCACCGCGAGCGAUGUGCCCCCGCAGACCGGUCGCGAUUUGGUAUUCUCGAGAGACACAAAGACUACAAGCAGCGUGCAAAAAGCUACCACCUUAAAGCCAAACGGCUCAAUGCCAUGAAGCAAGCAGCUCGUUUCAAAAAUCCAGAUGAGUUCUAUUUUGCCAUGCAGAGAUCAAAGAUCAUCCAAAUCGACAAGCUGCAAAAGUCCAGAAUGCUUCCAGUUGCGCCAUUGCAGCAUAUUUGCUUUGACGACGACGAAUGUGGGGAUCAGAUGCACUUUAUCAAGCCCGAGCUCGCGCACAUUGCGAAGCCAGGUUUGGAGAGCAUGGACCCCAAUCGACCGGCAUGUGUAUUGGAUCCUGCUCAAAGCCAUGGAAAGAUGGGUUCCUUUGACGAUGCCGACAGAGCGGAAGAACUAGUACCACCACCAACACCCUUGUCAUCGCCGUCAUCUGCUGUUGAUGAUCUGUUUGCUUUUCCGGAUUUCGAGCAAGACGGAAGGGAACCAAUUGCUAUACACAUGGCGGUAUCUCGAGAAAACAGGGAGCUGAAUGCACGCCUUGUUCGCCAAGAGGCGCUGGGCCGGGUGGCCCAGAAAAUGCGCACUCGAAGGCUUGCAUCGGUAUGUGGUUAUGAUGUUUAUUUUGCUAGUGCAAGGAGAGAAAGGAAAAGGUAG